AUGUUUAGCUGGUCCAAGAAAAAUGCGAAAAAAGACCCAGAACUGUUUCAGACUGUGUCGGACGGGCUGAAGAAACUCUACCAUCAGAAGCUCUUCCCUUUAGAGGACACAUACCGAUUUCACGAUUUUCACUCACCGGCGUUGGAGGAUGCCGACUUUGACAACAAACCUAUGGUACUUUUGGUCGGUCAGUACUCAACCGGUAAGACGACCUUCAUUCGCCAUCUGAUUGAGCACGACUUUCCCGGCAUGAGGAUAGGCCCUGAACCCACGACAGAUUCCUUCAUAGCGGUGAUGUAUGGUGAACAGGAAGGGGUGAUACCUGGCAAUGCUUUGGUAGUUGACCCUAAAAAGCCCUUCCGCAAACUCAACGCUUUUGGCAACGCCUUCCUUAACAGGUUUCAGUGCUCACAGCUGAACAACCCGGUCCUGGAGAGCAUCAGUAUCAUCGAUACUCCGGGCAUCCUGUCAGGAGAGAAGCAGAGAAUCAGUAGAGGCUAUGACUUUGCUGCGGUGCUGGAAUGGUUUGCUGAACGUGUUGACCGCAUCAUCCUGCUGUUCGAUGCCCAUAAACUGGACAUCUCUGACGAGUUCUCUGAGGUCAUUAAGGCCCUGAAGAACCACGAGGACAAGAUGCGUGUCGUGCUGAACAAAGCUGACCAGAUCAGCACACAGCAGCUCAUGAGGGUCUAUGGCGCCCUCAUGUGGUCACUGGGAAAGAUCAUCAACACGCCCGAGGUGGUACGAGUCUACAUCGGCUCUUUCUGGUCCCAGCCUCACCUGGUGGCUGAUAAUCGGAGGUUGUUCGAAGCAGAGGAACAGGAUCUUUACUCUGACAUACAGAGCCUUCCCCGCAACGCUGCCCUGAGGAAACUCAACGAUCUUAUCAAACGGGCCCGGCUGGCAAAGGUUCACGCUUACAUCAUCAGUACCCUGAAAAAAGAGAUGCCCAGUAUGUUUGGGAAGGACUCCAAAAAGAAGGAACUGAUUGCCAAUCUGGAGAUGAUCUAUGAUAAGAUAGAGAGGGAACACCAGAUCUCUCGCGGGGAUUUCCCGAACCUCAAGAAGAUGCAGGACAUUUUGGCUGGUCAAGAUUUCACAAAAUUCUCGUCUAUAAAGCCCAAACUGCUGGAGACGGUGGACGACAUGUUGGCAAAUGACAUUGCCAGACUCAUGACGCUGGUGAGACAGGAGGAAGCAAACAUGCCCAGCCAAAUCGUGAAGGGCGGCGCUUUCGAGGGCACCAUGAACGGUCCGUUUGGCCACGGGUACGGCGAGGGGGCGGGCGAAGGUAUCGACGAGCUGGAGUGGAUCGUCCUGCGGGACAAACCGUCCUACGACGAAAUCUUCUACACGCUGUCACCGGUUAACGGGAAGGUGUCUGGAGCGGCAGCCAAGAAGGAGAUGGUGAAGUCCAAGUUGCCCAAUACCGUGCUCGGAAAGAUCUGGAAGCUGUCGGAUGUGGACAGGGACGGUUACCUUGACGAUGAGGAGUUCGCCCUGGCCAAUCACCUGAUCAAGGUGAAGUUGGAGGGCCACGAGCUGCCCGCCAAACUGCCCGAUCACCUUGUGCCACCUUCCAAGCGUGGGUUGCAGCUGGACUGAAGACAAGAGGGCACAGAGUAGUUCAACCAAAGAAACUAGUGGUGCCAGGUUAGACCU